CAUUGAACGGCAACGUCACAACAAAUCCCCACAAUGGCGGAGGGAAGUGUUUUGGUUGAAGGGUCGUCCUUCAUGGACCCUUUUAAAGGGUUUUUGUUGACAUAUUUCAUGCCAGAGUCAUGUUACGACGAGUUCUUUCUCAAUUUCAACUUGUUGGACGUACCAUGUCUGAAGAUUUUACUAAGCAAAGGCCUGGGAAUCGGCAUCAUCCUGGGAUCAGUGAUGGUGAAACUGCCUCAGAUCUUCAAGCUGAUGGGAUCAAAGAGCGCUGAGGGGCUGAGCUUCCAGACCAUCCUGCUGGAGCUGCUGGCCAUCACAGGAACAAUGGCCUACAGUAUCCACAACAAGUUCCCUUUCAGUGCCUGGGGCGAGGCUCUGUUCCUCAUGCUGCAGACGAUCGCCAUCGGCUUCCUCAUUCAGCGCUAUGGAGGAAACACCAGCAGAGGUCUGCUGUUUAUCGUGGUGUAUGUCGGGCUGCUGAUUCUCGUGCUGUCUCCGGUCACCCCCCUGUCCGUGGUCACCUACCUGCAGGCCUCUAACAUGCCAGCCAUCAUCAUCGGCAGGCUGAUCCAGGCCGUCUCUAACUUCCGGAAUGGACACACUGGCCAGCUGUCUGCCAUCUCCGUCUUCCUGCUGUUUGCCGGUUCCCUCGCCCGCAUCUUCACCUCUCUACAGGAAACUGGAGACACGCUGAUGGCCCUCACCUACGUCAUAUCCUCCACCUGUAACGGCACCAUCGCCCUGCAGGUGCUCUACUACUGGAACAGCUCUCCAGAACACAAGAAGAAGAAGAAGAAAAAGAAGAGCGAGUAGGCAAAAGGACAGUCGCUAAACUUGAAUCAACGAGCAACACUUUUCUUUUCAUAUUCGACUAUCUCAAAGAAGUGUCUUUAAAACUUGAAUUGACAGACACUGGGAAGUAUGGGGCAUCGAUUCUGCUGGACCAACCCUCGAAGGAAGGAUGGGAACAUGACAUGCUGAGCAGGCUUUAUGAUUGACAGUUAUCUGUUCUGUUGGUGGUGUGUAUCUGUCCCGCUGUACAAUACACUGUUAUCACAUUCCUCUCAUCCAGUUUUCCUCAUUGCUGUCGGGCUCGUAUUUUCAAAUGUUUUGGAACAUGUUUGGCUGUUGAUUUUUCAAAUCCAGGUCCUGUAUUUGUAAUACUAAUCAACAAGAAAAGCUUUUUGGGAAAUUAUUUGAAACGGUUUUGGAUGCAUGUAAAGACUGAUUUGUUGUUUUAUCAUUUAACAUAAACAGAAUUCCUCACAAGCCUC